AGUGAUUCAAUCACGUGCGGUCUUUCUCUCACAAAGACUUCAUGUUAAAACGCGUGUUCAUAAACUCUUUUUAAAAAGCAUUUCACAAAAAAACAUCCACCGCGUAUCACGAUGACGGACACAGAAUUCCAACAAGAUUCGACGUACCAGACAUUUGAACAGAAUGGCAAAUUCGAACAAGAUGAAUCAGAAAUGGAAGGCCAGGAAACGACAGGUGCUGGAGGAGAUGCCGGAGAUUCGGGCGAAAACGAGGACGACCGGAAAGUAUUUGUUGGUGGAUUAAGCUGGGAAACUACUUCAAAAGACCUCAAAGAUUAUUUUGGAAAAUUUGGUGAAGUAACGAGCUGCACAUUGAAAACCGACCUGGAAACAAAACGAUCUCGCGGAUUUGGAUUUGUUGUGUUCUGUGAUGUUGCCACAGUAGAUAAAGUGCUAGAAGUCAAAGAUCACAAGUUGCAUGGUAGAAAUAUAGAUCCUAAAAGGGCAAAUCCCAGAGUGGGCAUCAAAAAAAUAUUUGUUGGUAGAUUAGAUCCAGCUUGUUCAGAAGAGGACAUCAGAAAAUACUUCGAGUCAUAUGGAAAGAUUGAGAAACUGGAUUUGCCAUAUGACAAAGUGAAGGACCAGAGACGUGCAUUCUGUUUUGUUGAAUUCGAAAGUGAGGAGGCCGUCAAAAACAUUCUGGCAAAAGAAACGCAUAAAAUUGGUGGUCAGGAGGUUGACAUAAAGAAAGCGACGCCGAGUGGACAGGGAGCGCGUGGGGGUGGACGAGGAGGCCGAGGCUGGGGUCCUGGCUAUGGAUAUGGCGGUAGAGGUGGUGGCAGAGGUGGCUGGGGAUCUGGUGGAUGGGGUGGCCAGGGUGGCUGGAACCAAGGUUACAAUGGAUAUGGUGGCUAUGGCGGAUACGGAACUGGAGGAUAUGAUGGCUAUGGUUACGGUUACCAAGGAUACAAUCAAGGCUAUGGAGGAGGAGGAUGGGGUGGAUACGAUCAGGGAUAUGGAGGAUAUGGUGGCUAUGGAUAUGGUGAUUACGGUGGCUGGGGCUAUGGACAGGACCAAGAAUACUACUAAAGACGUCAUUGUGGAGAAUGUGUCGAGACAAGCAUAUUCUUGAUAGCCUGCGAAGAGAUUAUGGAAAACCAAAAGUUUUAAUGAAAACACUUGUGUGAAAAACUGGAUGCACAUGACAGGAUCCGACUUUUGUGCAGUUGUAUCUUAUUAACAAAGAUGACGCGCACGAAAAAAAAUGGUGUUCUUGGUUGCUGACGAGAAACGUGAAAAUAUAUGACUUCACUACGAGAUGGCAAACAUCUUGGCCUCUUCCUCAUAAACGGAGAGGUGCAUGAACUGUCACAAGAUUUCAUUCGCCACCAAUCUUUUGGACCUUCAUUUUUAAAAUAUUUGAUUUAAAAAAAGAAAAGAGAAAAUAAAGAAUUAGUUUAUUUAAAAAAGAAAAAGUACAUGAUAGUUUUAAAAUAUGUAAGAAUAAGAAAAUACUUGUUCAUUUAUCUAAGUUACAUUGAAGUAAUUUAGUGGGGUAAUAUGAUUAAAAACCUGCCAGACACAUUGGCUUGUCAAUAUUUAUGAUGCAUGAAAAAUAGUGGAAGUAAUUGUAAAAUUACCACAAUUUUUAACAUUAAUUAAGGUUUUCAGUGUGCCUUUGAUUUCACAUGUAGUUGAGUAGAAAAUGGUGGCUUUAUUUCCUGGCGAUUCUUCCGGAAGCAUUUGAAGUCAAACCAAGUGCUGUUAACCCCAAUGGGUUGUGUUAGAGCCCAGGCACGUUAGGAGCAAAAUCUAUCUGCUAUAUUACCCAGUCUGUUGAGGUGAUUUCUACAUCACAGGAGGGCAAUAUUGAAAUGACAAUUCCACAGCUGGAUUCCAAAGACGAUGCUCAAGCAAGGCGUUGCUGAUAACUAUUUUUUUCCUCUAUUUUUUAUUUAUUUUUUGGUUUUUACGAUUUUUAACCAAAUGUGGACUGUGCUUCCCAGUAAGCCAUACCAUGUUCAAACUACCUGCCUUGUAACCAGUAACCCGGUUACAUGGUUAACAACGUAACAUCAAUACGGUUGUGUUGUGACAGGUUUCCAAGGUACAUCAUGGUGACAUGGUUACAAACACGAUAACUGCAAUGUUGUGUUGGAACUGGUAGCCUGGUUACAUGGUUACCAACAUGGUAAAGUGUUGUUUAAACUUGUAUUCGGUCUACUGGUUACCAACAUGUUACACAGCCUUAUUGUGUUGGAAUAGGCAUCUUGGAUACCGGUUACACCACACAUCGAAAGUAGUAAUACUGUGUUGAAUCUAGGUUACCAACAAUGUAACGCAAUGUGCUUGAACAGGUAUCCAGGUUACUGGUUACAUGCACAGCUGUUUGCUAUGUUGUGUUGAAACCAGCACCAAUAUGGUAAAUGGCAACAUUGUUGGAACUGGUAUUCUGACUACAUGGUUACUAAUCUGGUAAAUGGCAACUUUGUGUUAGCAUGGUCAGUGUUUUGUUGCUCCGAAUACAAUAUUACUGUUUCAGUAGUUCAUGAUCAAAAUAAUUCUGAAUCAAAUUUGGUUUAUUUUGGUCAUCAAAUGCUGUCCUCUGUGAUAACACUGUGUGCCAAGUUAGUUGCGAUUCUUUCUUUGUGGAUGAAAGAAAUCGCCUGUCACAUAAUUUGCCAUAUGUCAUGAAUUUAAUUUCCAUUUAUAAAAAAUAAAGGGUUAAAUUUUGUUUUAAUAAAAUUUGAUCAUGAUUGUUAAAAUUUCACGCAAAGACAAAACAAAGGAAAAUUUGUAUUCCAAGGUCUGUAAGAUGGAUUAUAUUCAACUGAGUGGUAAUUAAAUAAGCCCAAUAAUAUUUUGAUUUUGGGCGUCUUGAAAAUGUUACCACAAUCAUACCCAACAAGUGACAAACUUGGUGCACAGAUCGUGUUGUUUUAAUCAGCAGUGUUCUAUGCAUAUCUGCAACAUGUUGUAUACCCCAUGUAUUACAUACUUGCAUUUCUUUUUAAACUGUUUGUUAAUUUAAUGCAGAAUGUUUUUGUAAGUCCCAUUCAAGGCAAAAUUGUGACGAGAGUAAAAGGAUAAUAUCCCUCCUUUAAAUAAACCAGUAAUGAAAUGGAAUAUAUAAAUUUCAUUUGGAUUCACACUAUAAAUGCAUUGUAAUAUUGUUAAAUAAUGUAGCAAUUCUAAAAAAAAAAAAGAAGGUAAUUUGAAACCUCUGAUAACUAGGUGAAUUUCUUUAAAUCUCUGAUUUUACAUCUUCACAACUUUAUGUAGUGAACUUUAUGUACUAGUCUGUUUAACUUAACCAAAGUCCUGCAAAUUGAAGGCUGUGGUAUGUGCUAUCCUGUCUACAGGAAACUGAAUGUUUUGUAAGUCUUGUCGAGACAACUGGUUGAAAACCAAAGGGUGGGAUUUAGCUCAAUCGGUAGAGUGGUCACCUGAGGUGCUUGGGUCGAAGGAUCGAACCCCUUUGUGGAUUCAUUCACUGAUUGGGCUAUUUUCACACCUCAGUGCCCUACAACUGGUAUAGCAAAGACUAUGGCAUAUACUGUCUUGUCUGUGGGAAAGUGCACAUAAAAAAAAUCCCUUGCUGAUAAUGGAUUUCUGCAUAUUAGAUACCAAAUAGCUGCAUCGAGGUGGCGUUAAACAUUCUCUUCAUUUCCUUUGUUAAACAUUAAUCUGAAUUUGUGCCCAUUGCAUUUACUAAUUCUCAACAUUUACUACUUCCUUUUUUAAAACUUUUAAUCAAUAUACAUAUACAAGUAUUUGAAAAGAAAUGCAAGUCUUGAAACUAUGGAUUCUUUUUGUCCAAUUGUAACCCAAUUGCAGUUUGCUUGCAAAUGCAGGUCAGUUGCAUUGUUGGUUGUAUUUUGUUUUUUUCUUAAUGUAUUUUUUUUUGCAGAUUUUUCUACAAAAAAAAAGUGAAAAUGCUAAAUGUGUAUUGUAUACUGAAAUGCAAUUUAUAUGUUAAGAUUAAAAUUUCAUUUUCAAAGUUCAUUAUGAAAGUUAAGCAUCAUUAAUGAAAGUAAGUUUAUUGAACACCAUAUUGUAAUGUAAGAACACCAUUCAGUAAGGUUAAGCUAAACGAUGUAUUCACAUAAGAAUCGAAUUAUAGUUUAUUGGUGAAGGUUGAAUUGUUAAUAUUUAUCAUACAAAUAUUUGUAAUUUUAUCAUGUCAUUGUAAAGUUAUUAACCCUGUAAAAGAAACUGAUAUAAAUAAAUGUAAUCUUAUUUUAACAGUUUUUCAUAAUUUGGCAAUUUUUUUGGUGGAAGGUGGAUCUUCUUUUUUUUUGGAUUGUUUUCAAAAUGUUUUAUGUUGGAUAUUUUGUAUAGAUGUGAUGCACAAAAGAAAUUGCUAAUUGUUGAAAGCUAUUCUUUUACAGGGUUAAUAUAUUUUGUAAGGGUUUACAGACCCCUAGAAGCUAAUGGUUUUCCUAUAUCUCCACUAUUAAAUGUAAGAUCAGCAACCAACAGUAAAGUCAGGCUGCAUAAUAAUGUAUUGCAAUAAUGUUUUGAUCUUGUACGCACAUUCCUGUCACAAUUUUUCAAUAAAGACAUUUAUGCAUUCAA